CCUCUUCUCCAUGUAGUUAAAGACGACAUCUUGGAACCGGGCAUUACUUGGGGCGUUUGCGUUAACUCCGUUUUGGAAUUCCCGAGACACGAACCGUAGCUUUUUCCUCCUCCUUUCUAGUGUUAUGUAACAAACUGGAGAGAGUGGGGAUAUGCCAUUAGGUUUACUGCGUUUGCACAGAGGAAUCCUCCCUGUCGCUUCGUGCUGGAAAAAUUGGGAACAUUUAUGUGCAAUGAACUAUUUGCUGCCUUUUUCUGUUUUGCUAAUGGGACUGUUGCCAACGAGAACUAUGGCUUGGACCUCAACUGGAAAGACGCAUGCUGAACUGAUCAACAAUCUGUAUAAAAAUGGUGUGAUUAAAUCUCAAAGUGUUUAUGCUGCGAUGCUGGCUACCGAUAGAGCCCACUAUACCAAUUAUUAUCCAUAUAUGGAUUCUCCUCAGUCAAUUGGAUACAAGGCUACCAUCAGUGCACCUCACAUGCAUGCUCACGCGCUUGAGUUACUGAAGGACCAGCUAGUGGAAGGAGCGAAGGCAUUAGAUGUAGGAUCAGGAAGUGGCUAUCUCACUGCUUGUUUUGCUAGGAUGGUGGGGUCCACAGGCAAGGCAAUAGGUAUUGAGCACAUAGAAGAAUUGGUUCAUGAAUCCCUUAGGAAUGUCAGAAAAGAUGAUCCAACCUUGCUUAGUUCUGGACGAGUGAAACUUUUAGUUGGGGAUGGUAGGAAUGGAUAUCCUGAAGAAGCCCCAUAUGAUGCCAUCCAUGUUGGAGCAGCUGCACCCACUGUGCCAAUGGAGUUGCUGAAUGAACUGAAACCUGGAGGAAGACUGAUUUUGCCAGUAGGGCCAGAAAAUGGAAAUCAGGUUAUGAUGCAAUUUGACAAAACUAUGGAUGGCGAGAUUGUGGAAAAGCAGCUGAUGGGUGUGAUAUAUGUUCCUCUGACAGACAAAGAAAAACAGUGGCCUCGGACAAGCAACAAUACUGUGGAAAACAGAAAAGAAGUAAGAAAUAAUGGAAAAAGAAAUAUUGCUGAAUUUGGUUUAUAUAAUACCAUCCUCUGUACUCUUCUAUAUCUUUCUUUUCUCACAAACUAUUUUUGGUUCUAAUAAUAGAAGUUUCUGCCCCACCCCAUCCCAUUUAACAGCCUUCUGAUCUGAAGUCAGAGAAAUCCAUCUUUACUAAUAAAAUACAAUGUUUUCUUAAAGGCAAUAAAAGGCUGACAGGCUGACAGGAAUCAAUCAACAUUUAAAAGGCAUGGCAGUUUUAACACCUGUGUCCAUACUCUUAUACCUCUGCCUAGCCAGGAAGAUAAAAGACUCUUAGAAUUUACAUCCCAAUCUACCUUCAAAGGCAGGACAUAACACCUUAUAAAAGAGAGAGAAACAACCUGACAUAUCUUCACAAACAUGUUCAAGGAAUAUUUUGCAAUCCAAAAUAUUUCAAUUUCAAAGCCCUAGACUGGUAUAAAAAUCCAUGUACUCAUCAGGUUAUUUUGCCAGUCAUUCCAGAAACACCAAAUAAAUGGAGACCUCCUUUCCAAUAUGCAGCCUGCCUCAGACUUAUUUUCCUCUGCUGGGGUUUCCCACCUCCCCUCCAACCCCCCCACUUGGAUUGAGACACAUGAACCAGAUUUUUCUUCCAACACUACUAUGCCCAUACAACACUACACACAUUGCCUUUUGUUGUUCACAAUGCUUAUCUCUCCCACUUUGUCUUCCUCUCAACCCAUUCAUUCUUUCUUUAUAUUGUUUUCCAACAGAAUCCUCAUUCAUUUUCUGUAUAAGGCUAACCACCUCAAUAAACUUUUUAUGUCACUCAUUUUUGAAUUCAAUCCAUUUUCAUUUAAUCAUUCUUAACCUGCAUCCCUCCUCAUUUUACUACAUAUACUUUCCUAUUCAGUUCAUUCAAUUUACUGUUACAACAUACCCAACUCUCAUUUCUAUAUAACAAAGUGGACAGAUAUAUGCUCCUGUGCACAGCUAUUUUAUUUCAAUAAACAUUCAUUUCUUCAAACAAA